AUGUGGGACCGUUUAGCCCGCGACAACCUCAACCGUUCGGACACACAAUCCCACACUCUGCUUCAUUAUCCCAUCGAAUCUCAACCCGUACCAACCUUUUCCAACACUGGUGCCGCAGCACUGAGCCGUGAUUUUGAGGUGGGAAGUUGUCCUGACUUAUUGAAGUUUGGGGCGGUGAGCGUGGGGAGUUGUUUUCUAGCCUGGCCUGGCAGUAGCUCUCACCGCCAGGUCACGGUUCCAACGCUGAUCAUCCAUGGAGAUCAGGACGAGGUUAGCAUAGCUGAGCAACUCUCAUCACUGGCCUGUGCUCAUGCACAGCCUGUCCGCCUGCGCCAGAUCAGCCCCGUGGAGCAAGCCGUGUGCGCACACAAAGCUUGUAGCUCAGAGCGGAAGCUGGUACGGUACCCCAGGGCUGGGCACAACGACCUUCGGCUGCUUGCCAAGCGGGAGUACUUCCAGGAGCUGAAGGCGCUUUGCACUCGGGUGGUCACCGGCGACUCCGAGGCUUUGGCGGAGCCCUCCGGCCAGACGUGGCUGGGCAUGAUCAGCGACUUCAUCAGCAACGGCUCAGCCCUGAAGUGCUUGCCCGGAGUACGGCGGUGCUUCGUCACCGACCCCGAGAUGACAAACUCGCCUCGCUGA